AUGACUCUCUUUGAUGGCGUUUACCCCUUCUACCUGCAGCAGAGGAAGGUCUCUGUGUUUGACAUCAGCACCAUCGUAGUGAUUGUGGUCUUCCUAACAUUUGCUUGCAGCUUCCUCCUCAUUAUUCCCGGCAUCCGUGGACGGGUGAGGUUGUACUGGACUCUCCGGGUUCUCUUCAGCCUCGUCAUGGGAGUGGUGAUCGUCACUGUGCAGUUCACGGGAGACUGGGAGACCGGCUGGGUGAGGGCAAACACCUCCUACAAGUCUUUCAGCACUGCCCUGGUGAGCGUGGACAUCGGGCUGCACGUCGGCCUGGCGGGGGUGAACAUCUCGCUCAGGGGAAACCCAGUGAAUCAGGUCAAUGAGACCAUCAACUACAAUGAGCACUUUGCCUGGAGCUUCGAUUCAGACUAUGACCAGAGCUACAGCCAAGGACUGGAGAGGGGGCUGCCCAGCCCCAUCCUCUACGUGGCGGAGAAGUUCACCACGCGAAGCCCCUGCAGCAUGCAGAGGCAGUACCGCAUCUCCAGCCACUACGCAUCCGCCACUCUCUGGGUGGCCUUUUGCACUUGGCUCAUCUCCAACAUGCUCUUUUCUAUGCCUGUCCUAGUCUAUGGAGGCUACAUGCUCCUGGUCACAGGGGCCUUCAUGAUCUUUUCGCUCCUGUCGUUCUCCACUGUGAGGAACUCCCCAUUGUGCCUGAUCCAGUUUGGAACUGCAAUCCUGCACACAGGCUAUGGAGGAUCCUUCUGGCUCACGCUGGCGAUUGGCUUGCUCUGUUUUGUGGCUGGGAUCAGUGUUGUCACACUGCACUACUGCAACUUGGACCUCCUGAAAACUCUCUUUGAUCUCCAUGAGGACAAAGCAGAAGAGUGCCAGGAGAUGGCUGAAGCGCAUGUCAACCCUCAUUUUGCGAAUGGAGAACUCUCUCCCUCUCAGCCCUCCAAACUCCACCCCAACAUCAUCUAG